UAUUUAACAUCCUACUAUGACAUACUCAAAAGUUCUCCGGCUGCAUUGAAGCCGAAGAGACUCAUUCAAAAUACUUUUAUCAGACGAAAAAAAGUGGUAAACAGAACAUCCUUCUCCUUUUAAUUUAACCAACAGUCAUAAGGAAGCGUUUCGAGAAAGUGCCACAGCGAGGUUUUUUGUAGUUCGCCAGUUCUUUUGGGGGGGAAUUACCAGAAGUAGGGGUUUACUGAACGAAAAGGGGCGGAUCGUUGCAACAAGAUUUGGGAUGUGUUUGACGGAAAGAAUCGUCUGAAGUCAAAGAGGAACAAAAAUAGCAGCCGCGCAUUUGAAAAGCUGUCUGGCUGUCUGAGUGACGGUUUACAGGAAACACAGAUGUCGACACUGAGCGAGCUGGUAUGGGCCGACUGGAUCUGGUUUCCUGAAGGUUAUGGCUGGGCUGACCUAAAAGACAACGAUGGCAAAGUCUAUCCUAAAUGGCAGGACCUGUGGGCCUGCAUCCCCAUCGCUUUCUGCUUCAUGAUCAUCAGAAAAGUAUUUGAGAGGACAGUAGCCAUUCCUCUGGCCUCUCUGCUGGGAGUGAAAGACAAACAACAAAUAUCUGCUCCUUCCAACCCCAUCCUGGAAUCCUAUUACUGCAGUACAUCAAAGCAGCCCACACAGAGCUCCAUAGAGAGUUUAUGUAAACAGACAGACUGCUCAGUGCGUCAGGUCCAAAGGUGGUUCAGGCAGCGGAGGAACCAGGACCGGCCCAGCAAGGUCAAAAAGUUUCAGGAAGCCAGUUGGAGAUUUACCUUUUACCUUUUUGCUUUCUUUGCCGGCCUGGCUGUUCUCGUCGAUAAACCUUGGUUCCAGGACGUGCAGCUGAUAUGGGAAGACUUCCCCAGAAUGCCACUGUUGCCCUCUCAGUACUGGUACUACAUGAUCGAGCUGGGCUUCUACCUCUCCCUGGUUUUUAGCGUAGCAUCCGAUGUCAAACGCAAGGAUUUCAAAGAGCAGCUGGUUCACCAUGCGGCCACCAUCCUCCUCCUCAGUUUCUCCUGGCUGGUCAACUACAUCCGUGCAGGGACUUUGGUCCUCCUGGUGCACGAUGCCUCCGACUAUCUACUGGAGUCGGCUAAAAUGUUCAGCUAUGCAGACUGGAAAAAAACCUGCAACUUAAUUUUUACCCUGUUUGCCGCCUUUUUCUUCGUCACCAGACUCAUCAUCCUGCCUUUCUGGAUCAUACAUUCAACUUUAGUUCUGCCCCUGGGACGGUACUCAACCUUCCCCACGUUCUACUUCUUUAAUGGACUGAUGCUCGUGCUCCAGGCUCUGCACAUCUUCUGGGCCAUCCUCAUCUUGCGAAUGGUCAUCAAAUUCCUUCCUGGAAAUGACAUUGUGGAAGAUGAGCGCAGUGAUAAGGAGGAGAUGGAGUCCGAAGACGACAGCGUCAAACCCAAGCUGAGGGAAAAGCCCAAAAAUGGGCACACGCAGAAUGGCUUCAGCCCCCUGAACAACAACCACAGGAGGAGGCAGUGAGUGGACAGUGAGGAGGGGGCGCCAGAACAACCAGGCUGUUGAAUGUGGUGCAGUAAGCAGCUUGCAUUUAAAUAUACACAGCUAGAAAUCCAUACACAUCACUCUGGUGUGACCGCUGUCUCGUGUGGACAGUGUCACGUCUCUGUUAAUUACACUAAAGACAAAUGAAGGUAAAAGUAAAGGGCUAACGAUCCCAGUGAGUGGUUUUCUGGUCGACACACACCUUGUUUUGUUUUCCUCUCUUCUAACUUGACUUUGCUCUUCACCCAAAUGAUGUGCUGUUGACCAAGAUGUGGAAUUAACCUUUUUUUUACUGAAGAGAGUUUGAUAAUAAACUUUUUGCUGCCACAGAGUCCUGUCAGGAAAGAAAAAUAACAUUGAGUUACGUUAACAUCACAGACGGACAGUCGUUCUGUCAGAGUCCAGCUUUAUCAUUGACCAUUUUAGUAACGCCAAGAGACGGGAAGAAAAUCUGUACCAAAAAAUAAUAUUUUCUAACAGAUGAAAAACAGUGUUGUCUUGUUUGUGUUUCACAGCACUUGUAAAAUAUUUUGAGCAUGCUUGUUUUUCUGUUAUCAGUACUCAUGAUGUAAAACACCAGCGCUGCGUGUUAGAAUUUUUUUUGAGUGUGACUGACUUUGUUGAAGUCCUCAGUUUUUACUUUUAAUCUUUGUAUUAUUUACUGGCCGUUGUGUUUUUUGGGGUCUUUUUGAGGCAACAAUGUUAAAAUGUGUUCAUUAAAAUAAUAAUAAUAAUAAUAAUACAGUUAAAUAUUUGGGGAUAAAUAAUUAAAUUUAUAGUGUUUCAAAAAGGUGCCACAGCUGCCAGAAUAACAGAGAAGUUAUUUAAAAUGUUAUUUUUAAUUUUGAUUUAUAUCCUCUUUUUAUUUGUUUAAUUUUUUACUUUGUUUUGUGUAAUUAUUUUUUAUUGGUCCGCUCAACAUUUGAAAUCUGGGAGCAAGCCAGCGUGUGUGUAUGUACGGGUGAAAAACUAGGUUUGAUCAGGUUUCCAUCAGGUCUUUAUUCUUAUAUGGAAAGUUUACAUGGGCCCCACGAGGAAAUGAAUUCUUCGGAUGAAGCCGUUUUGCAGCCACAUGCAAAUGCCGGCAGGUAAUUUGUUAAAGUGUAAUCCAGACCAAUCACUAACUGUUCAUGAAUUCUUUAUUUGAUGGAAGAGUCGGAGGCAUUUCCAUUCCGAGUUGUUUUCCCCAUCAAUCCCACGAUGCAGCUGGUUUCCUAUACAUUUGUUUAGAUUUAUGUUAGUGGAAACCUGACUGAUUCAUUCAUAUAAACAUACAGUUUUAACCACAGAUUUAGAAAAAGUGAAAGAAAAACAAAGGACGAAAAGCUCAGGUAUGAUUUACUUUCCUCAUUUCCAAGUGCCUUCAUCAUUUCAUUUGGUGUAAAGAACGGAAACAUGUUUCUGUCAGUUUGUCUUUACUUCUGUCCCAAAAUAUUUAACAAUUCUACUACAAUACCUUUGGCCUUAAAUACUUAGCCUAUUUUUACAACAGGUUGACAGACAAUCAAACUCUGUUUGUGGAGGAUGUUUUUAUUUUCAUUGUGUAUUACAGAAAUGUAAUAUGUUGCUGAAAAUAAAAAAAAAAUAGUUUAACUUGA